UCGACCGUUGCUACUUCCUAAGCCCUUCUAUUCCUUUAACGGUCAUAUUUUGCACUCUCAAACAUCUUCUCCGUCUUCUUUCUUUCUUCUUCUUCUCCUCCUUCUUUUGCGUUGCGAAUCUUGCGAUUGCUCAGCCGUAUCUCGCACUUCAACAGUCUUAUUUUACUCUGCUACUGGAAUUUUCUUCUUCUUCUUAGUUUAUUAUUACUAUUACUGUUAUGUGACUUGGUAUGGGCAAGAAUAAAGGCUCCGAAAUCUCCUCCUAUCGACGGAAAUGGGACAAGAUUUUCCACGGUCUCGUGGAUAUGUUGCAGAGCCAACAGGCACAGCUCGAGACCCUCGCUAUUGAGAGGAAACUUCUAGAAGACCGUAUCAGAGUGCAACACGAGCGAUGGAUCUCGGACGUUCGCCUCUACGAAGACCGGAUUUCUCAGAUGAAUGGAGAUUUGCUAGUGCAAGAAAUGACACACUCGCUCGAGGCGGCCAAGUCAGAUUUUGUCGCGAGUGUGAAGCGGAGAGAGGCUUUUCUCGAAAACUUGAAAUUAGAACAUGCAGAGAGUGAGUUGGCAGAUUUCAAAGCAUGGCUUGACUACCUUUCUCAUAAAUCCUCUGACCCAAAAGCAGAAGAGCAGUGUUCUAAGAUAUUGGAAGGUGAAGUAAGGAGGUUAAAGCAUGAAUAUCAGAAGCUUGCCUCGGAAAAGAGUUCCGAGGUAUCUGCGCUGUUGACAGAGAAGGACCUUCUGUGGAAGCAGUAUAAGAUUUUGGAGAAUGAUUACAGCAAUAAAUUAAGGAGUCAUCAUUCUGAAGUUACACAAGCUAAUGAGACGAUAACAAAGCUGCUUGGCAAUAUGGAGCAACUGCAGUCACUGAAUGAUAAAAAGGAUGAAAUGAUAGCAAGACUUAGAAAUAAAGUGACUAAGAUGGAGGUUGAUACAACUAAAUUAAAUGAAGAAACUUUCAGACUCUCCCAAGAGUUGGAUUCGCUAAAGCCAUCUAGAGUUGUGGCUGAAGUUACACCUAUUUUAAAUCGUUGUUCAGCAGGAGCUAAACCCUGUUUGGGAGCCAAGAAUAGUGGCAGAAGUAACACAAAUGUCAAAAAAGAAUCAUCUGCUGCUCAAGUCCCUGAUUCUGUGAAGGAAAAUGAAAAGGGAAGCAGAGGUUCAAAGAGAAAAGGAGCUGUUGUUAUCUCCAUUUCAGAGACCCCAAAAUUGUUCUCAUCCAACUUCAAGGUUCCAAAGCUGAAGGCGAUAAGAUGAUGACUCUUGAACAGCAUCUUCCAUCCCUGCCUGUCAUUUGGAAGGGGUUGUAUAGCAGCUUAAUUGUCAUUUGUUAUUUGUUUGUUGAACUUUUACUUAUGGCUAAUGUUGUGAUAGCCUAAUACUUCUAUGUAACUAUUAUUUAGUCGUAGUCUGAUUUUGUCUGCUCAUUGCUUUCAAUGAGUAGAACAACAUAUAUUAAUUUUCCUUGUAUGUAACAUAUAUUAAUGUUCAUACUCAUAUUGAGGUAGUGCACAGGAACCGGCCCUCCAGGGUCGAUCUAUUUUCGCUCA